CACAGUGAGCUACACGAUCCGUCUCAGAAUGAAUGUAUGUGAAACUAUACUAAUAAAUAUCGCGUUUAUAAUUAAUUGAUUUGCAAUUAUGGAAAAAUAAUGUCGAGACAUAUCGAUAAAUGACGUACAUUGUGAUAUUUCUAACGAAGACAUUUUGGGAAGGCACUGUUUGUGUUCUAAUUUUUAAGUGAUCGCUAUAACAUAAAGCAAACGUAAUACUGUAUUCCAGAUCUUAUCCCAAUAACUUGUUUCAAAUGAGUUACAAUAUUCUCCUAGAAUAUCGUUACGAGAGUAUCGUUAUUAAGAAGAAAAGGAAAUCAAUGAAAAUGUCCUCACUGAAUGUAAUGACGAAAUAUUUUUCGAAUACUUAAGAAAUAUAUGCUUUUGAAAAAAUAAUUACAGUUAAUUAAGAAUAAAAGUAACUUCAACAAAAAUCGAAUAUGACAGUACAAUGAUUUACGUAACAAUCUUGUUUAAUUACUCAAGCUUGAUCAUCCGAACUCAUAAACGAAAAAGAGAAGUAACUAAUAAAAGUUACAUAUGGUUUCACCGAACGUCCUUGACUGAUCGGUGUUACAGUAUAUGUACAGUUUCGCUUUGAUCGAAGAGGAAAAUAAAGGCCUAGCUAAUUAAAAGUCAAGAUCAAUGAUGACGAACAUUAUGACAACUGCAGCAGCAGCGAUACAAACGAAUAUGUUUGCGCUCGGUAUUGGAAAACUGAGUAUAAUACCGAUUCUAAUAUCUGCCUUAACUUACUUCAAUUAUUAUCUAAUGGAUCCCGAAAAUCAACCACGAGUCACAAAAAAUCUAUUAAAGGAAUACGAUUUCGUAGUGGUCGGUGGCGGUUCAGCUGGUAGCGUUGUUGUUAACAGAUUAACAGAGAAUCCAGAAUGGAGUGUACUUCUUUUAGAAGCGGGUGGUCACGAAACCGAGAUUACGGACGUACCGAUUUUGUCUCUAUAUUUACACAAAAGCAAAUUGGAUUGGAAGUAUAGAGCUCAACCACAAGAUAGUGCUUGCCAAGCGAUGAAUGAUCAACGUAGUUGUUGGACCCGAGGGAAGGUAUUAGGAGGUUCAAGCGUACUUAAUACCAUGUUGUAUAUUCGUGGGAAUCGUCGUGACUUUGAUCAAUGGGAAAGCUUUGGUAACCCUGGUUGGGGAUAUGACGAUGUACUCCCAUACUUUAAAAAAUCACAGGAUCAAAGAAACCCAUAUUUAGCGCGGAACACCAAAUACCACAGCACAGGUGGGUAUUUAACUAUUCAAGACUGUCCCUAUAAUACGCCUCUGGGUCCUGCCUAUCUUCAAGCUGCAGAAGAAAUGGGUUAUAACAUCGUGGAUGUAAAUGGCCAACAACAAACGGGCUUCGCAUUCUUUCAAUAUACAAUGCGCAGGGGCGCUAGGUGUAGUGCAGCCAAGGCAUUUGUACGUCCCAUCAAAUUUCGAAAGAAUUUUCACCUAUCGUUAUGGAGCCAUGUUACGCGUGUUCUCAUAGAUCCAAGUACCAAAAGAGCAUAUGGUGUAGAAUUUAUUAGGAAUGGUCGUGUUGAGACCGUAUUUGCGAAGAAAGAAGUUAUACUUUCGGCAGGUGCUAUAAACACCCCUCAAUUAUUGAUGCUGUCUGGAAUCGGUGCUAAGAAUCACCUCGAAGAUCUCGAUAUUCCAGUGAUUCAAGAUUCACCUGGCGUUGGACAGAAUCUUCAAGAUCAUAUAGCCGUUGGUGGUCUAAUCUUCCUCAUCGAACAUAAGAUCAGCUUGGUAUUCACUCGUUUGGUGAACAUAAAUACAGCAUUGAGAUAUGCAAUUACUGAGAACGGUCCACUAACUUCGAGUGUUGGUCUCGAAGUAGUAGGCUUUCUACCCACUAAAUAUGCCAACCAAACCGAUGAUUGGCCAGAUAUAGAAUUUAUGAUUACUUCUACCUCAAUUAAUAUCGGUGGAAAACAAACAAUAAUCGCCCAUGGCAUAUCCACCGAAUUUUACAAUGAAGUCUAUGGAGAAAUCAUUAAUCAAGAUAGUUUCAACAUUUUACCAAUGUUGCUCAGACCUAAAUCUCGUGGAUAUGUGAAAUUAAAGUCGAAAAAUCCGCUCGAUUAUCCAUUAAUGUAUCACAAUUAUUUGACGAAUCCUGAUGAUGUUAAUGUUUUACGUGAAGGAGUCAAAGCAGCAAUUGCAUUUGCUGAGACGAGUAGCCUGAAAAGAUUAGGAACAAGAUUUCACAGUAAGCCAUUGCCAAAUUGUAAACAUCUUCCAAUGUUCACGGAUGAAUAUUGGGAAUGUGCAAUUCGUCAAUACACAAUGACAAUUUAUCACAUGAGCUGUACUGCGAAAAUGGGUCCACGAUCCGAUCCAAUGGCGGUCGUAGAUCCCUCUUUAAAAGUAUAUGGAGUAGAAGGACUUCGAGUGAUCGAUGCUUCGAUCAUGCCUACGAUCACUAGUGGAAAUAUCAAUGCACCUGUGAUAAUGAUUGGUGAAAAGGGUUCGGAUCUCAUAAAGAAGGAUUGGAUGUCUAGACGAAAGAGAACUAAUGAGACUAUCUCAGGUUCUUUCAAUCAAUAAUAGAUAUUUUGGAUAGUUCAUCGAAUGAAAGUAAAUUAAAUAUUUUUAUUAUUACGUCAUAUAAAAUAAUUACGAGAAUAGAUAGAAAGCUUUAAUAUGUUGCUUUAUAAGGCUUAUGAUUACUAUUUGUUUUUUUGUUGUAAGAAUGAUGUUCUAUACAGAUAAUAUGUGCUUAAUCAAAAUCUAUUUAUAUCAUUUAACUAUCCUAACCAAAUUAACUGUAAAUUGUUAGAGAUGAUUUAUAUUUUUAAAAACUCUAUAAUCGAAUUUGUUUGCAUGUUAUCCAUUUGGAGUUAACAUUUAUUACAUCUUGGGAUUUUACAACGAAGAAUUGUAGUUGGCCCUCUUACUUCUUUUCCUUUUUUCUUGUUUUGUAAUUUUUUACCUAUAGAAUGUAAGAUAGGAUGUUCUCCCUUUUACAUCCUUAUCAUUCUUAACAUAAACAUGAAGAAAUUUCUUUUUUAUAAUCUUAGUGACUAUACAUUAUAUAAUAGCCAAUCUCUUCUUAUAUAAAUGCCAAGCAUGUAUUAUUUUUAAAUUCAACUAUAGACGCCAAUAUCAAUAAUAUCAUCUUUUUGAAUGAAUUUUUAUCCGGUACAAUGCAAUUAAUCAGUCGACUAAGUUUACCUCAUCCGUGAAUUUAUUCUAUAACGCUACUAUAUUUGGGCUUUCAAGAUCAAUACUUUCCUAAGUCUUUUUGUUCCAUCUCUUCAAUGUACUUGUUAGCUGUGCUCCAUAAUAUGUAUUUAUUACAGUCACACCAUCUAUAUUUAUACAGUAUACUUCUUAACUGUUUUUCUUUUUCGCUACUUCAUCAGAAUGAAUAAUUUUUCAAUUUAUUUGACCGUACAGUUGCAAUGUUUUGAAUUUCGAUUUUGUUAAGUUCUACUACUAAAUCAAAACUUUUUAAUAACAAUUGUCUAUAUAAAUUUUGUGAAAUAAUAUUCUUAAUACAAUUUUGGAGAGAAUUAACGCUCCCAUUAAUUUUUUUUUUCUAUCUGCGCAAAACCUACCAUUCCUACGAACAUAGAAUUUUUAAAGAUAUCGCAGUAUGACAAUAUUACCAAUUACCACAAAUCCUUCACAUAAUAGAAUAUUUAUUAUCAAUCUCUGUAUAAUUAUACGAUUGAACAAUUUAAUCAAAUUUUAAUAAAACUUCGUAUACACUAGAGGGUUGAUGUCAGUAAGCGUAAGUAAGUGUUAGUGAUUAGAAUAAAAAUCUUUUUGAGAUUUUACUUCAUUAUUUACAAAAUAAACGUAACACCUACAAAUUAUUGGAUUAUCUAUGUAGGAAUAACGUGGCAGCAUACUACUCUGUCAAACAAUUAAUAAGUGCAGCAGGUAUCAACGAGUUUUUCGCACUAGAACUUAUUUACACGUUAUUAGAGAGAGCAGUAAGAAAAAUUCUUACAAAAUGUUAUUUAAGAAAAUUAAAUAUUAUUUUUGUUUUCAAUGUAUUAAACUAAAAGAAACAAGGUAAAUUUUCUACAAGUGUCAACAACGUGUCAUAAAUACUGCAGGAAAUUUUUUUAUAUAAUAAAUUUUUUUAAACAUAUUAGUUUUCGUAACCAUAUGGCAAUACUAUCAUAUGUCAAGAAUUUCUGUUAAAGUUAAUUUUAUAUUAUAGCCAUUCAUACAUUUUUGAAAAAUCUUUCUCUUGAAUAAUAAUAUGAAAAAAAAUAACUCAUAAUAAUAAAAAUCCAAAUAAACUUAUUUAUUAAUGAUUAUAUGAUUAUAUAUAUUUAUAUUUAUGAUGUUAACUAAUUUCAAGUUAACUAAUUUGUUAUUUUAUUAUUAAGAGUAAGAAGAAAUUAUUGCGGUAAUUUCACAGCAAUUCACAUCAAUUCGUUAUUGCAAACUCAUACCCUUGUAAUAUACAACAUCAUUAUUAUUUCAACCAAAAUACAAACUUUUUCAACAAUUUUGAAAUAUUCAUUGUAAAAGCGCUUAACAUCAAGGACGCGGCAACAUAAUAUUCGAUAAGAUAAACAGUGUUAUCUUUCAUGGAUAACCAGACUUCUUGGAAUUACAUUGUCUUCUCCAAUUAAAACUUACUGAUAAAAUCUACACCUGAAAUAUGUUCUUACUUUACUUGUUUUCUUUCAACGCGAUAAUAUGGAUAAGGUUAAUAUCAAUUGCGGAACAUAGCAAAAUUCACAAAUGAAAUUAUUUUACCCCCUUUCUUUGAUCUUUAUAAUCGUUCCCAAAACGUUAAUAUACGAAACAAAACGAAGAGAUAUAUUAUAACUCUUUGAGCACGUACAAUGAAAUACUGGAUGAGAAAUAUUAAACCUAUACCGACACGUGAAAGAGAUUUGGCACGAUUUCUUUUUUUUCAGACUGAUUAAAAUUCGGCAUAUUUUUGGAAAAACAAAAAUACAUUUCGGUCUCCACGUACGGUAUAAUAAUCAAAUUUAAAUAUUUUCUCAUGUAAAUCCAAACAAAAACAUGUUGAAUGGCUCAGACCUACUACACUUUCCCAUAAUUGUUAAUGGAAAUACUAAUGCACCAGUUAUCAUGAUUGGCGAAAAGGCA